AUGCUUCACAUACGUUAUCUCAUUGGUAAUCUUUCAUUUAAAUUAAAUGGCGUUUUAUCAGUUUCUGGGAUAAAUACAAUUAAUUUACUUCAUUCAUCGCCUACUUUUCUUAAAGGUCAUUCCAAGUGGCAAAAUAUAAAAGAAAGAAAAGGAAAAAAUGAUUUAGAGAAGUCUCGAAAAAUUAAUUUUAUUCUUUCCAAGGUCAAAAAUGCCGUGGAAGCGGGUGGAUUUGAUUUAAAACUAAAUAAUAAGUUAAAUGAUUUACUACAAGAAUUUAAAUCUAAUGGAUUACCAUCAGAAACAUUUCAUUCAUAUUUAAAAAAAAUGAAAGAAAAACCUGAAAAAACAGUUUACUAUAAUGUCAUUGGACCAUCUGGAUCAUUUUUUAUUAUUGAAUGUGAGACAGAUAAAGAAGUGUUACUGGAAGGAGCUAUAAAAAAAAAUUUUUCUAAGAUAGGAGGAUUUCGACUUUCUAAAGAAUCAUUAAAAAAUAAAUUUGAAGAGAAAGGUGUUGUUACAAUUUCAGGUUAUGAUAAAAAUAACAAAAAAUUAACUCUUGAUGAGGUAGAGGAAGCAGCAAUUGAUUUUGACAUUGAGGAAGUAAUAGAGAUUGAUGAUGAAAAUGAAAAUGAUAGUAAAAAAUAUGAAUUAUAUUGUGAUAAGAAUAAUCUUUUUAAUAUAGAAUCAAAAAUAUCAAAUAGUCAUUUUGUUGUAGAAAACGUCAUAAAAAAAAUGAGAGCACUUUAUACAAUAUCUGUCACCAAAGAAGAAGAAGAGAAAAUUGAAAAAUUUUAUGAGUUAAUAGCAAAAGUAAGUGAUGUGAAGAAUAUUUUUGAUAAUAUCAAUGAAAAUUAG